CGCCGCGCCGCACCCAUGGAGCAGGGCUCGUACUCCGGCGCCGGCGGGAAGAUCCGGCGCCGCCCGGCCCCGCGCGCCUCCGCAGCCACCCCCUACGACCGCCCCCCCGCCGCGGCCGCCGCGCGCCGCCUCGCGGCCGCGGCCGCAGCCGCCUACCGCGGCCCCGGCGGCGACGGCUCGGGAGACGGCCAGGGCGGCGGCUGGGUGUCCCGCCUCGUCGACCCCGCCUCCCGCCUCAUCGCGGGCGGCGCCGCGCGGCUCUUCUCCUCGGUCUUCCGCAAGCGCUUCGCCGUCGCGCCUGCCCCGCCUGCGGCGGCCCAGCCCCCCGCGUCCCCGCCUCCCGGUCGAGAUGCGGAACCUAAUCAAGAUUUGCCUGAGGCAACACAUACUGGUUUCACUCCAGUGGGUGGAAUGGCCAAAGGGAAGGACCUCGCUGCUACAUCCAGUGACAAAUCAUUGUCUGAAGUAGAACAUCUGUUAAUGCGGAAAACGUUCACCAGGGUUGAGUUUGAUCGUCUCACAGACUUGCUGCGUGCAAGAACUGUAGAGCCUGCUUUAUCUGCACAAGUGGACCACAAUGAGGAUAAGAAUGAAACAAGAACCAGAAUUCAUGGAAUAGGAGGCUCCACAUCUCAUGGGAUGGCUAUAGACCAUUCUCCGCCCGCUGAUGUUCCUAUCCGGGAUGUUAAUUCCCCUGCGAACCUUGCCAAACAAUAUAUGAGCUCCCGUUAUUCUAGAGAACCCCAACAGAGUAAUUUAAGGAGCCAAGUACUCUUUGGUAACAAAGCGGAAGCAAGCAACACUGGCUAUUAUAUGACUUCUGGAGCACCACUUGUUCAGGAGCUGAAUCAAGUUAACAAUGAAAACCCUGGACUUCCUGUGAAUGGCUAUAUGGCUUCAGGAUUACGUGGGCGGUCAGCAAUAUGUAAAAUGUCACGCUCUCCAUUUUUUAAGGGCCCAAGCUCUUCAAGUGAUAUGAAUGUUUCACCAUUUUCAUUAUCUCAUGCACGAACCCCAAGUUUGGCUGCUGGCGGCAGGCAGGUGUUGAAACGAAGAGGAGCGGAGUUUGACAAUGAACUUGGAUCUGUUGGCCCCAUACGCAGGAUUCGUCAGAAGUCGAAUAUGAUGUCUCCUUUUAAAGAUGCUCGCGCUAGUCCUCGGGGAAACUUUCUUCCUACCCGUACAAUUGGUUCAGAUUUUGCCGAAGGCAGUUCAGCACUUCAGGAACCUUCUAGUUCAAAAAGACUAUUGCUUGAAUCUGGUCAAUCUCUGCGGACUGUAGAAAGACAGAGAUAUAGCGAAGAUGGUAAACUUUCUAAUGAUGAUGUUCCUCCUGUCCCAACUCAACCAAACAAGAUGGCUGAGAAGAUAUUUGAGCAGCUUAACAUAAUAGCUCCAUCACCAAAGGGCAAACAGUCUGGGCAACAAUCUGUUGCUGGGAAACCAAGGCAAUCCAUGUCCAAUGGGCCAAAGGGUGUAAGUGACCCCAGUAGUUCCCGACAAUUUCAAGAUUCGGAUGGAAUUAAUCAUCCCCAUGAUUCGGAUCUGAAUGGUUCUACAUUGAAUGAAGACAAGCUGAUGAAAGAUGGAUCAUCAAAAGUUCACUCCAACACGUUUCAUCAGGAUUUAGGCAACAAAGAGAUGAAGUCUGAUCAUGUUGCUAUUCUUAAUAAGCCUGCCAUUUCGGGGAAUUCAUUUUCUGCUACUCCAUCGCGGAAACCAGGUUUUAAAAUGGCUGUUUUUGAGGAUUUAACUGAGUUAGAUGAUGAUCUGGAAGCCCCUGUCCCAUCAAAGAAUUCGAAAUUUGAGACAGAUGUGAAGGCAACUGAGCAGAAGUUUGAUUCAAAGAUAAAGGAGCAGAAAGUUCAACAUGUUAAAUUUGAGAAGAAAGUUGAAUCAACCUCAUCGAAGGAGAAUGUUAUCAAUUCUUCAGUUACUGAACAGCCUAGAACAUCCACAUCAAAAGAUGUCUCUACACCAGGCUUGUUUUCGUUCAGUGAUCCUGAAAAGAAGGGCACCCCCAAUGUUUCCUCAAAUAACAACAGUGGUUUUACGUUUCCACAUGUACCUCCCGCGGACAGUCCUGAGGCUACUGUUUCAGCAGUUCCACUUGCUUCAAAUAAAGACGAUAAACAGACAAGUGCUUCACCUUUUAUGUUUGGUGCCAAGCCAUCCAGUACAUCAGAUUUGGAAACAUCAACAACUGCUGGUGUUAAAACCAAAGGAAGACCUGGGGAGAGUGCCACCAAGCCUGCAUCAUUGGACACCCCUAAUUUGGAGAAAGGCAAUGGAAGGGGAGGAGCCGGAGACAUCCACAAGUCGUCUGACAAGGUGUUGCCUACAGCUGCACCAACAUUGACUCCACCUCUCCAUUUUGCUUCUGCUGCAUCUGCUUCACCGGGCCUGAGCAAUGGCCUGUCGCACACAUCACCACCAAAGUUGUCAGAUACCACGCCCACUCAUAUACCUGCUGUCAACGCCGCUUCAUUAACUACCAUUGCUGGCUUCUCUGUAUCCAGCAGCAGUCCACCCGUUUCGUCUUCACUUCCUGCAUUUCCUACUAUCAAUUUUGGCUCCAGCACUUCAACAGUAGCAGCACCAAAACCAGAGAGCACAUCCACUGAGACAAAGCCAGCUAGCACUUCACUCUUCGGUACUGUGGGUACUACAGCUGAAUCCAAGUCUAAAGCCCCAGAACCAGCCAGCAAGGCAUCAUCCAAUCUGAAUACUGCGUCUGUCUUCUCAUCAAACAUCACAACCUUUUCGAGUUCUCCAAUCACAUCCUCUUCUACUUCCUCGAGCACUGCAACAUUUUCGUCUUCUCCUGUUGCGUCCUUUAGUGUUGGAACUGCACCAGCUACUUCUACCCCAUCUACUACAUCUGGUGUCCAGCCUGCUUCAACGGCAGCGUUUGCAUUCUCAAGCUCAGGAAACAGCAUAUUUGGGUUCAGCUCUCCAGCUCAAUCUACUGGUCUGAGCACAACUGUUGGUGGCAGUACCUCUCAACCAUUUCCUGCUAGCACGAUCUUUAGUAGCAAGCUGCCACAGCCACAGGGCACAGUGUCACAGCCGCCUCAGAGUUCAGCCACACAGUUUAGCUCUUCAUUCCCGAUUGUUGCUAGUGGUGCGGCAGCUUCGUCAUCGGCACCUGGCACUGUCUCUUUCGGAGUGGGAGCUUCUCCCCCUGGGACCUUGUUGUUUGGAGCGGGAUCAUCUUCGUCUGGUCCUGGUACUGUGUCAUUUGGAGCGGGGGCUUCCUCAUCAGGAGGUCCAGGGAGUGUUCCUAUUGGAGUAGGAGCUUCCUCAUCUGGCACUGGUGUCUCGUCGUUUGGAGCAGGGGUUUCAUCAUCUGGACCUGGGACUGUAUCUUUUGGAGCGUCGCUUUCCUCAUCUGGACCUGGGACUAUGGCUUUUGGAGGCGCACCUUCCUCAUCUGGACCUGGAACAGUGUCUUUUGGCGUGACAACUUCCUCUUCCGGGCCUGUGUUUGGUAAUUCACCGUUUGGAUCUGGAGCUGCUGCCUUCUCUGGGUCUGGAAGUGGGUUUGCAUUUUCAUCACCUAGCUCUUCCACCGCCUCGUCCUUUACAGUGGCUAGUACAAGUAUGUUCAGCAGUAGCUCCACAGCCUCAUCGUCCGCUGCUUUGAGCAACCCUUUUGGUUCAGCUUCGUCCUCUCCCAGCAUGUUUACAUUUGGACAAUCAGCAGCAUCUUCAGGGGGUGCGUUUUCAUUUGGAGCACAGUCAGCUCCAGCUUUCUCAUCGCAAGCUCCUCCAGUUUAUUCGUUUACUUCGGCGAGUGCAAGCAUGAAUUUGUCUACACCACAGCCUGCAUUUGGGAUGACAAAUGCCAACACAGGCUUCGGAAUGGGAUCUCCUGGAAAUGAUCAGAUGAGCAUGGAGGACAGCAUGGCUGAUGACACCAACCAAGCAGCACCCCAGCAAGUGUCUGCACCAGUGUUUGGUUCUUCGGUAUUUGGGCAGCCAGGUGGUUCACCCGCGGCUCCAGUAUUCGGGCAACCAGCUGGUUCGGCCGCCGCUCCAGUAUUCGGGCAGCCGGCUAGUUCACCCGCCGCUCCGGUAUUUGGUGCUCCAGCUGCCCAGCCUGCCGGAGCUUUCCAGUUUGGCGGCCAACAAGGGUCGGUGCAGCAGAACCCGUCAUUUCCAACUGGCGGUAGCUUAGAGUUUCAGGGCGGAAACUUCUCGUUGGGCAGCAUGGGCGGCGACAAGUCCAACAGGCGGAUCAUCAAGGCCAAGAGGACACAGAAGAAAAGCAUGGAGGCUGUUCCACCCACAGGACAUAUAUCUAUCUGGAGGCUGUCAUGCAAACCUCAAAGGUCAGCCAAGGCCAAGCCGCCGGCAGCAGCACCCAAGCCCGCUGCUGCAGCCGCCGCCAAAGAGCAGGACCCCAAGGGGUCCACGGACUCGUCCAGCAGCUCCGGCACCGGCGAGGCGGGCGCCCCCAAGCCGCCGCACCACCGGCCCAAGGUGCCCCCGGUCAAGCGCGUGUCGAGCGCGGGGCUCCUGGUCGGCUCCGUGCUCAAGCGCAAGACGGAGAGCGUCAAGGAGAAGUACAGCCUGGGGCGGCGGCUGGGACAGGGCCAGUUCGGCACCACCUACCUGUGCGUGGAGCGGAGCAGCGGCAAGGAGUACGCCUGCAAGUCCAUCCUCAAGCGCAAGCUCGUCACCGACGACGACGUGGAGGACGUGCGCCGGGAGAUCCAGAUAAUGUACCACCUCGCCGGCCACCCCAACGUCAUCUCCAUCCGGGGCGCCUACGAGGACGCCGUCGCCGUGCACCUCGUCAUGGAGCUCUGCGCCGGCGGCGAGCUCUUCGACAGGAUCGUGCAGAAGGGACACUACACCGAGCGCAAAGCCGCCGAGCUCGCCAGGGUCAUCGUCGGCGUCGUCGAGGUCUGCCACUCCAUGGGGGUCAUGCACCGGGACCUCAAGCCCGAGAACUUCCUCUUCGUCGACCAGACGGAGGAGGCCGCGCUCAAGACCAUCGACUUUGGUCUCUCCGUCUUCUUCCGGCCUGGUCAAAUAUUCACCGACGUUGUCGGAAGCCCUUACUAUGUCGCGCCGGAAGUCUUGAAGAAGAAAUAUGGCCCCGAGGCAGAUGUCUGGAGCGCCGGUGUGAUCAUCUACAUUCUGUUGUGCGGUGUGCCGCCAUUUUGGGCAGAGAACGAGCAGGGCAUAUUCGAAGAGGUUCUACACGGGAAGCUCGACUUCGAGUCAGAUCCAUGGCCCAGCAUCUCCGAAGGGGCCAAGGAUCUCGUGAGGAGAAUGCUCCUUAGGGACCCCAAGAAAAGACUGACAGCCCAUGAAGUUCUACGGCAUCCAUGGGUCCAGGUUGGCGGUCUGGCUCCUGACAAGCCACUGGACUCUGCUGUUCUAUCCCGUAUGAAGCAGUUCUCGGCCAUGAACAAGCUGAAAAAGAUGGCUCUCAGGGUGAUUGCCGAGAACCUGUCGGAGGACGAGAUCGCCGGCCUCAAGGAGAUGUUCAAGAUGAUCGACUCGGACAACAGCGGGCAGAUCACGUACGAGGAGCUCAAGGUGGGGCUCAAGAAGGUGGGCGCCAACCUCCAGGAGUCGGAGAUCUACGCGCUCAUGCAAGCCGCGGACGUGGACAACAGCGGGACGAUCGACUACGGCGAGUUCAUCGCGGCGACGCUGCACCUGAACAAGGUGGAGCGGGAGGACCACCUGUUCGCGGCGUUCCAGUACUUCGACAAGGACGGCAGCGGCUACAUCACCCCCGACGAGCUGCAGCUCGCCUGCGAGGAGUUCGGCCUCGGCGGCGACGACCUCAGCCUCGACAACAUGAUCAGAGAAGUCGACCAGGACAACGACGGGCGCAUAGACUACAACGAGUUCGUGGCGAUGAUGCAGAAGCCGGCGCUUGGGCUGGCGAAGAAGGCCGGGGCCGGGUUGGAGAGCAGCUUCAGCAUCGGGUUCAGGGAGGCGCUGAGGAUGGCUUGAAGGAGGAGGAGGAGGAGCUAGGUGGUAGUCAUGGUGACGCUAAUUUCCUUCCUGCUCGUCCAAGAGACUGUUGUUGUAGAGACGUGGUGAGGUGAUUGCUUUUGAUAGGGUUGAAAUGGCAGCAGCUCCUGGCGAGUAGCGGAGGGUCGGGACUCGGGACGACGUGUGUGUGUACUGUGUUAGAGGCAGGCAGGCAGCCCCGGUGAUUUUCUGCUCACUACUGCUGGAUUGGUUCAAUUGUGUAUUGUACUACAAAAGGCAUCCCCCGCCUCCUUGUAACCACACCGUUACAAGUUGUAUACAGUACGGUGACAAGUGAAGCCUGCA